CCGCGCGGACGGACGGAGCCCACGGCACAGGGCCGGCAGCCGCAGGCGACUCCGAGCCCAGCCACCGAGCCAUGGCCCUGAGCGAGCUGGCGCUGCUCCGCUGGCUGCUGGAGAGCCGUCACUCGCGGAAGCUCAUCCUGUUCAUCGUGUUCCUGGCGCUGCUGCUGGACAACAUGCUGCUCACCGUCGUGGUCCCAAUCAUCCCCAGCUACCUGUACAGCAUUAAUCAUGAGAAAAAUAGCUCCGAGGUCCAGACCGCCAAGCCCGUGCUCACGGCCUCCACCUCAGGCAGCUUCGAGAGCAUCUUCUCUUACUAUGACAACGCCACCAUGGUCACGGGGAAUAGCACCCAAGAGCUUCACGGGGGGCUGCUACAGCCGGCCGCCACGCAGCACACGGUGACGAACACCUCCACUGCGCCUUCGGACUGUCCCAGCGAGGACAAGGACCUCCUGAACGAAAACGUGCAAGUGGGCCUGCUCUUUGCCUCUAAAGCCACCGUCCAACUCCUCACCAAUCCCUUCAUAGGAAUGUUGACCAACAGAAUUGGCUACCCAAUUCCAAUGUUUGCGGGAUUCUGCAUCAUGUUUGUGUCAACAAUUAUGUUCGCCUUCUCCAGCAGCUACGCCUUCCUGCUCAUCGCCAGGUCGCUACAGGGCAUCGGCUCCUCCUGCUCGUCGGUAGCCGGGAUGGGCAUGCUGGCCAGUGUGUACACGGAUGACGAAGAGCGAGGCAACGCCAUGGGCAUAGCCCUGGGAGGCCUGGCCAUGGGGGUGCUAGUGGGCCCCCCCUUUGGGAGUGUGCUCUACGAGUUUGUGGGGAAGACCGCUCCAUUCCUGGUGCUGGCUGCCCUGGUACUCUUGGACGGAGCUAUUCAGCUCUUUGUGCUCCAGCCGUCCCGGGUCCAGCCAGAGAGCCAGAAGGGGACGCCGCUAACCACUCUGCUGCAGGACCCGUAUAUCCUCAUCGCUGCAGGGUCCAUUUGCUUUGCAAACAUGGGGAUUGCCAUGCUGGAGCCAGCCCUGCCCAUCUGGAUGAUGGAGACCAUGUGUUCCCGCAAGUGGCAGCUGGGCAUCGCUUUCUUGCCAGCUAGCAUCUCUUAUCUCAUCGGAACCAAUAUUUUUGGGAUGCUCGCACACAAAAUGGGGAGGUGGCUUUGCGCUCUUCUAGGAAUGAUAAUUGUUGGCAUCAGCAUUUUAUGUAUUCCUUUUGCAAAAAACAUUUAUGGACUCAUAGCUCCUAACUUUGGAGUUGGCUUUGCAAUUGGAAUGGUGGAUUCAUCAAUGAUGCCCAUCAUGGGCUACCUGGUCGACCUGCGGCACGUGUCCGUCUACGGGAGCGUGUACGCCAUUGCCGAUGUGGCAUUCUGCAUGGGAUAUGCCAUAGGUCCUUCUGCUGGUGGGGCUGUUGCAAAGGCAAUCGGAUUUCCAUGGCUCAUGACCAUUAUUGGAAUAAUAGAUAUUCUUUUUGCUCCUCUCUGCUUUUUUCUUCGAAGUCCACCUGCCAAAGAAGAAAAAAUGGCUAUUCUCAUGGAUCACAGCUGCCCCAUUAAAACAAAAAUGUACACCCAGAAUAAUACCCAGUCGUAUCCGAUAGGUGAUGAUGAAGAAUCCGAAAGUGACUGAGAUCCUCAAAAGUCAUCAAAAUUUAAUUGUACAAAACCGUGUUUCCAGUGAAAUGACUCCUCCGGAACUGUCUUAGUCACCAUUCAUCCCUGGUGAAAGCAAAACAACCAAAGGUUAUUCAUUCUUCUCCGUGGUUGCGAUUGAUUGCCAACAGCCUUAUAAAGAAAAAGCAGCUUUUCUAGGGGUUUGUAUAAAUAGUGUUGAAAACUUUAUUUUAUGUAUUUGAUUUUAUUAAAUAUUAUACAAUAUAUUUUGACGAAAUAGAUAUAGUGUAAAUCUAUAAAUAUUUGAAUCCAAAUCAAAUAUAAUUUUUAAAAAAACUUACAUUCAUGAACACUUGGGCAAAAAAAAUCUUAUAUUUUUUCUGAAUAUUGGUAAUGAGUGUUUAAAAUUAAAGCACACAUUAUCUCCGAGACACUUCCAACACUGAGAAACUAGAAGGAAGUCUGAAAAACAGAGUCAAAUAAGACAGCAUAUGAUGUCGUGACACUGAGUGUGGUUACCUUGUAACUACGAUGCGUAUAUUUAUGAGCUAAAAGCUAGUUUUCUCAAAUGCAGAGGACAGGAACUUGAGUCCGUCUCUUUUGGACUUACCCAUAAAUUGUAGCUGGCAUUAGUUUUCUAUGCAAUCAUCUACCUGGAAACAGAUGGUUGUAAAUUAUAAAUUCACAUGUCAUGUGGCCGGCAGCAGACACUAAAGGCAAUAGGGAAAAAUAGUAAAUGUUGUGAAAGCAGAGAAAUGCACCCAGAAGUACAGUUAUGAACAACUAGCUUUCCCUUUCCAAUAUAUACUUGGUUGUCUUAGGAGGAAAGAAAAUUGAGGGUAGACACACCUUAUACUGUCAAGGUUGUUUAAGCGUGAUAAGAUACAUUAACAUCUAGUUCAACUUUUAGAAAUUUAAAAGCCUAAUAGCUGCUGUGAUGUGAAAAAAAUCUGACCAGAUCUUUAACCUGUUAAGAGGUUAUCCAAGUGUCUUCUAGCAAUCUAUUAAGUUUUGAAUUGCAACUAUUAUUUUUAGACUUCUGAAGGUUGUUCACAUCAAUGUGAAAACAAAUUUUAAAUGAAGAUGGAGGAAGAAUGAAAUUAUCUUGAAUCACGUUAGGAAAACAGGUAAAAAUAAUAGGUCAGGACACAUUCCCUUCAGAGACAGAAAAACCCUAGGAACAUCUAGAAAUGUCUGUGUAUCCUUCUAUCAUCUAGUGCUGUGUAAAAUGUGGUUUUCCUAAGCAUGACAACAUUGACGUGCCUUUUCAGUUCAUCAGCAAAUACUGUGUUAGCACUGUCAGCUGUCAUGUUUUAUGCGAGAUGUGACUGGAGUGUGCGGAGUGUAGAAUGUCUCAGAUAAUACUUGUUAAUUCUGUAGCUCUGCAAUCAACAAAAAUUACCUAAUGUCUGUAUUUCGUUAAGCUAACGUUGUGUUUCUGUUAACUUGGACAAGGAGCAAGGAACUUUAGAACGAGGACGCGACCUCGUCGUUCUCUAAGAGAGUAGCUGCUAUUUCCCAUUUGCUUUAUGAAGCUUCUUGGGGUGACUGGAAAUCUGGUGUUCAGGGGCAGUGUGGUGGAAGCAGACAAGUUUCCUACUCACACAUUUGCACUGGGCAACUUGCACAAGUCUGUGACUUUGAAAGAUGGCUCUAGAAGCACUCUCAUAUGGCUAACGUAACUAGCAGGAUUGUUUUCUACUCCCACAGGGGAGACUUCUCUUAGAGGGUUUGUGGCUCUCCCUGACCACAGUACUGUACGAUUUACUCCAAUUUCAUUCUUGCCUUUGAGGCUUCAGUUCUUUGAGAAUGAUGAUUGGCAGAGGCAUGGCCACUGCUGAUCUCUAGAACGAGCAUAAAAAGAUAUGUGAGGUUUUUCAGAAUUGUUUUGGGGAGUAAAAGUAUCAAUUUUAUCUGAGAGGGGGAAAUUACAAGGUCUUUUAUAGGUAGGACUAAAAUUCUGGGGUUAGCAGGACUGUGAAGUGAGGCUUUUUUUCCCCUUUUAACAUGUGUAUCAUCUUAACCGUGAAUAUACAGCUCCCUGAAUGUUUGAGCAAAGAUGGGUUUUUCUGUUUGUACCUGGCAAAGUAGAUACAAAAACACUGAAGUAGCAAAGAAUAUUCAGUUUUUUCUUUUGACUGCUGAGUGUAUGUGCAUACAUGUUUUAGCUCGUUUCCUUAAUAAAUCUUCUGAACACUA